CUGCGGCCCCGCGGUUCCAGGAAGCUGCGCUGGCCGGGGUGACCCGCGGCGUGCUCGGCGGCGAUGAGCUCGCGGCUGCAGCUCCUCGGGGCUCGGCCUGCAGUAGGUGAGGAAGAAAACAUGACAGAAACAGAUGCCUUUUAUAAAAGUGAAACAUUUGAUCCAGCAGAGAAGUACAAAAUGGACCACAGGAGGAGAGGAAUUGCUUUAAUCUUCAAUCAUGAGCGGUUCUUCUGGCAUUUAACACUGCCAGAAAGGCGGGGCACCAGUGCAGACAGAGACAGCCUCAGACGCAGGCUUUCAGAUCUAGGAUUUGAAGUGAAAUGCUUUGACAAUCUUAAAGCAGAAGAACUAAUGCUCAAAAUUCAUGAGGUGUCGACUGCUAGCCAUGCAGAUGCUGACUGCUUUGUAUGUGUGUUCCUGAGCCAUGGCGAAGGCAAUCACAUUUAUGCAUACGAUGCUAAAAUUGAAAUUCAGACACUGACUGGCUUGUUCAAAGGAGACAAGUGUCAGAGCCUGGUUGGAAAACCCAAGAUAUUUAUCAUUCAGGCUUGUCGGGGAAACCAGCACGAUGUGCCAGUCAUUCCUUUGGAUGUAGUGGACCAUCAGACAGACAAGCUGGACGCCAACAUAACCGAGGUGGAUGCAGCCUCAGUUUACACACUGCCUGCUGGCGCAGACUUCCUUAUGUGCUACUCUGUUGCAGAAGGCUAUUAUUCUCACCGGGAAACUGUGAAUGGCUCCUGGUAUAUUCAAGAUUUGUGCGAGAUGUUGAAAAAAUACGGCUCCUCCUUGGAGUUCACAGAACUCCUAACUCUGGUGAACAGGAAAGUUUCUCAGCGCCGAGUGGACUUUUGCAAAGACCCAAGUGCAAUUGGAAAGAAGCAAGUUCCCUGCUUUGCCUCAAUGCUAACUAAAAAGCUGCAUUUCUUUCCAAAAUCUAAAUGAUAGGGGCUGUUUGUUUUUUUGCAUCUGUAUUCAAACUGUAUUUCCUUUCUUUUUAUAUAAUAAGUAUCACUAGGUUGAAGCUUAUAGUCCAGCAGUGUAAAAUGCUUUAAGGUUUAGUGUCUAGCAGAGAACUACCCUUUUUUUUUUUUAAUAGCUCUUACUGGACAUGAUGAAAGGAUUUAAUGUAUGGAGAAACAAAAACCUCAGGGAAUUACCAUAAAUAAAAAUCUACACUCAUUGGUAAUAUUUGAUUUUUAUAGUAAACUGCAAGGUUACCCAAAAUAUCUGGCUGAUUUAACUGCACCUUGUGAUAUUUUUAAAUCACAGUUUAUUUUAUAAUGUUUUUAAAGUUUUUUUGAAACCUGGAUAAUUGUCUUCCCUUAAUAAAAUAUUUGGAAUUUGUGUUUUAUUAAAUUAAAUUAAAAUUUUCUAAUUCACAUUCUUAUUUAUUUGUUUAAUUUAUGGAUUUGUCAUAUAAAUGUUUAAUAAUUCAUCUACAUAGAAAUUAUCACAUUUGGUAUAGAACUUUAACUCUUACUUAAAAAAAAUCAGCCUUCAAGAACUAUUAUAUGGUAUUCUGAGGAUGAACCAUAAAAUAUAAUUCUUAGCCAAUAUAGGCCAAACACCUACAAAAUUUAUUUAUGUCCUCAUCUUCCAUGUUAAGUUACUAUACAUUGUCCAGCAGUCAUCAGUCCCCCUCACAGACCAUUGUUACUUGGAUAAUAGAUGUUACUUUAAAAAUUCAAUUCUUAUUAAUACAAUAUGUAAAAUUUGAGACUAUUGUUAAUAACCCUCCAUGGGCUAAAGAUGUCUAAAUGUUCAGGCUUUGAUAAUUGAAACUUGUGAUUUGCUACUGCAAAAGCAAUAGUUUGCAUAUGUUGUUUCAGUUCCAAUUCAAAGAGUACCAGUGUAUACAUUAUAGUUCAUGGGACAUUUAUACCUGUUUUGUAGUCAUGGCUGGGGGUUCACUGGCAGCUGAACACUUUUUCCUCUCUUUAAUCCUAACCCUGCUACCAGUGAAGGCACUAUAGGUGGUGUUAUCUCCCCAGGCUCUACUUUCAAGAGCUGAUGACUACAGAAUGCUCUUCAGUUCACUGAGUGAACAUUUAUCUUGCUCUCUAAGCAAAGAUUACACAAUUCUGGUUACUUAAGAGAAAUUAGCUGAUGUUACUGAAAAGCUCUAAUAAUAAGCAAAAAAAAAAAAAGUCAGUUUCCUUGAAUAUUAUCAGUCAGAGGGCUUAUUUGCUUAAAAUAUUCAGAUGCAGUAA